AUGCCAGCCAUGUCUUCCGCAAUAAAAGAAGUACCCGUUCAGCUACCGAAGAGCUAUGACCGACCUGAUGAGCCAUGGCACCACUACCUCAACAUCGACAUGAUAUGGUACGUCCUCGGAUACACGCUCUUUCAUCCGUUUGUAUCAUGGGUCGUGGUACUGUGUCUGCGGGCGCAGUAUACGCCUUAUGAGAACAUCGAGAUGCGCAUUGCCACGGCUUGGGCUAUGCUCAUGACGGUCAACGGCAUCUUCGGGCUCAUCAGUGACCGGAUCGCAUGGGGAGCACCGCGCGAGGUAGACCUAGAAGAAGAGGUUAUUGUUAUAACGGGUGGUGUUGACGGUCUUGGUGGAUUGCUUGCAGAGACGUAUGGAAUGCGCAACGCAAAUAUCGCUGUUCUAGACACGAAGCAAGUCGAUGAAGAUGAGGCGGAGAACAAGGGAGUGGUUUACUACCAGUGCGACGUUAGCGACGCGAAGCAGGUGGAAGCAGCAGCAGCCAAGAUUGUUGAAGAUCUUGGUGCUCCUACUAUUUUGAUCAACAAUGCUGGCAUUGUGCAGACCAAGUCAAUCCUCGAAUCGACCGCUGAAGAUGUGGAACGUACAUUCCGCGUCAACACACUGGCACAUUUCACUACCCUCCGCACUUUCGUUCCGUACAUGUUGAAAGAGGGCCGCGGCACCAUCGUAACCGUGUCGUCCGUUCUUGGCCACCUUGGGGCAGCCAACCUAUCCGCGUACACGGCCUCCAAAGCAGCACUUCUCGCACUGCACCAGUCUCUACGCGCGGAGCUUGCACAAAAUCCCGACGCGAAGGACAUCAAGACAAUCUUAGUGCAACCUGGCCAGAUGGGCACAACAAUGUUUGCAGGCCUCAAGACCCCAAGCAACUUCCUAGCACCAGUUGUUACGCCAGCCGACAUUGGCAAGGAUAUCAUACGGUUGAUUGAGAAGGGUGAGAGCGGCGAGAUUGCGCUUCCUCUAUACUCGAAAUAUAUCCAGAUCCUUGGAGUGUUGCCUGUCGGCGUACAGCAUCUUGUGCGAAAAUGGAGUGGAAUGGACAAGGCAGUUGGCAAGAUGGGUGAUGCGCGGCAGGGUUUGACCGAGAAGAGGUGA